UUAUUAAGAUGGAGAAUAAUAGGCAGUCGAUAGCGCUCUCCACUUCUGUGUGCUAUAAAUUUCAAAUCAGAAGUUGGUAAUGCAAGUUAUACAAAGUUAUUACUGUGUGAAGUUCUUUCCCCUUAUUAUUCUAAAGUUUCAAAUUUAAUUAUUUAUUCGUUUUCAAUAAUUUAUCUUCAAAAUGAUGAUUCCUGGAUUAGACGUGUGUCCGCCUUCUGAAUAUGAAGCUGAUGUAGCUUUAGAAUUGAAAUCCUUUACGGGCACAUUUUGUAUUCCUAAAUCAAAGAUAUAUGGUGGUUGCCGUCGGAUCGUUGAAUUUGAAAAGAAAUCUAUGCUUAAAGGAACAACAUCUUGGGUUUACAGAAAAUGUUUGGAUGUGAGAAAAAAUAUAGAAGUUUGUGUUAAAAAGUCAAAAAGCGCAGAUAAAAAUAAUAUUGAGAAAGAUUUAGCUAUCUUGCGACGAGAAAUUCAAAUUGUUCGACUCCUCAAAGAUCAAAAUGUGAUGGAAUUUUACGAACCUGCUGUUGGAGAAACAUUAGAGAAUGUUUAUCUUAUUUUUGAAUGCUGUGAUCUUUUCUUAUCUGAUUUGAUAGAACAGAAAGUUGAUGCCUUAUUUCAUAAAGCUGUGGUCAAAAAUAUAAUGAUGCAAACAUUUCGAGCUUUGGACUACAUUCACAAACAUCAUAUAGUACACAGGGAUCUGAACCCAAAAAAUCUGAUGUUUCGAAAAGAUGGGAUUUUAAAGCUUGCUAAUUUUGAAAAUGCACGGGAAUUGGAUAAUCCUGAUAUGAAAUUAGAGAGCACUUGCAAAAAUUAUCAUGCACCUGAGCUUAUUUUGAAAGCUGCAACACAUGGAACAGCUGUUGAUAUAUGGGCCGCUGGUUGCCUUAUUUGUGAACUGCUGCUUCGUGAAAGCAAUAUAUUUUGUGGGAACACUUAUGAGCUUAUAUACCAAAACAUUAUUAAUAUAUUGGGUGUUCCAAAUAAUAAUCUAUGGCCUGGCUACUCAGAUUUACCAGGACUUAAGCAAAUGGAAAUCACUAAUGCGCAUUCAUACAAUUGUCUCAAUAUAUUCUUCAAAAGAAGCUACCCACAGAGUACUGAAACUAUUGAAUUUCUGAAAAAAGUUUUUAUAUAUGAUCCAUCCAAAAGGAUAACUGCUGAAAAAUGCUUGCAGCACCCUUUCUUCCUAGAAAUUCCAUCUGGUUGUCCUCAGAAGGAGAUGUCUAAAGUGUUGAAUGAAAUUCUACAAAAAAGAAAAGCCAUUUCAAAAACUCAGUGAAAUUUUAGGAGGAAUACUUUUUUUUGUAUUUCAUUAUGAACUUUGUCAUUACAUUUGUCAGAUAAGCAUCAUUUAAUUUGUUCUAAAAUUUAAUUGGUAUACGAGGUAGGGUCAAAAUGUACCCGGAAUAGAUCAAUAACAAAUUAUUAAAAAAAUAGAACAAUAAUUUUACUUUAUUGGUUUUCUAAAUAUUUUCCUCCUGCAUCCACACAUUUCUGCCAGCGCUCGUAUAACUGUUCAAAACACUCCCGGAAUCCAUUUGUGAACCGGUCAUUCAAUUGCUUUUUUGCAUUUUUCAUUACCUCAUCUAAAUCUACUAAACCAUGUCCGUUCAAUUUGAUUUUCAGCUGUGGAAACAUAUAUAAAUCUGCUGGCGCUAAGUUGGGAGAAUAUAGAGUGCGUUCCAGAGUGGUAUCACUGUGUUUGUCGAAAUGCUUUUCACAAUCAGCGCAAUGUGGUGGAUCAUUAUCGUGUGAAAGAAACCAAUCAUUUGUUGCCCAUUUUUCAGGUCAUUUAAAGAUCUCCAGGUAAAGUUGUUUCUUGAAAGUUUGGCCUUCAGGAAUAAAGAAUGACGAGCUCAUGAUCGAAAAACAACUCUAACAUCACUUUCCCUUGGCUUUUUUCCAAGCGUGAUUUUUCUUUCCUUGGUAAUGUUUUUGCCUUUCAUUCACUUGGCUGAUGUUUUGUCUUUAAAUCAUAAAUAGAAUACCGUGUCUCAUCACCUGUCAUGAUUUUCUUUAAAAAACUGUCAUCUUCAUCAACCAUGUCAAUCAAAUCUCUGUGCAUGUUCACUCUUACUUCUCUCCAGCGAAUUAAAAAUUCUUUUUGUCAGAAGCAGAGGUGAUUGUGCUCCGGAAAAAAUCCGGAUUUCCAAAUUUUUCCCUAACUGCGCUCCGGAAGUUUCCGGAAGUCUUAGGUCCAGAAGUUUCAAGAAAUCGAUCAUGUGUAAAAAUUCUUGUAUAUUUUAUUUAAAAAUAUUAGAACUAGAAUUUAUACUUGGCAUCUUUUAUUUGUAAAUAUUUUUUCUGGUAGAAUAAUAAAUGUGAUUAGAGAUAGAAAUAAACUUAAACAUAAUUAUUCAUUUAAAUUAUGCUGCAUAUAAUUUAUUUAAAAUUCAAUGAUUUAAAUUUAUGAAGACAUUAUGCGUCUUUAAUGAUUUUACUCAAGAAAUUUUCUGGAUUUUCGAGUUUGACUCACAAUCACCCCUGCAGAAGCAAACUGCAGCUGAUGCCAACAGCAUCGGAGAGGAAUUCCAGUUGCCUGUGAAAUUUCGUUAUUAGUGCUGCCAACCUCCAAAAAAAAAAAUUUCCUUUCCAACAAGCACCUGCGUGAAUGUAGGCGUCAUUCCGGGAAUUAGAUUUGCCUCGUAAAUCUAUAAAUACUGCAUUGGACAUUCAUCUCUGUUUAUUCUUGUAUGUGUUCUUGAAAUGACUCUGUUGAGCUAUAUAUAAGAAUUAGCUUAAAUGAAAAUGGGUGAAUUAUCAGGUGGUACACCGUUACUGUAUAUAGAAGAAACACUGCUUUUUAUAUCUUUCUAAGUUUGUUAAAAUACAGUCAUUUGAUAUGUAUAUUGAAUUUCAUGUAUGAAUAAAUAUACAAUUGUAAGUA